CCUCUGCCAGAGCCCUGUCCCCUCCUCUCGCCGGUCCGCUGCCUCCCCUCUGAAGAGCCAGCCUGGCACCAGGCCCGCGCCGCACCGUCGCAGACAAUUCGGGAUUGCUUCGCUCGCUCCUUCCUUACGUCGAGUGCCCUCCCAGUGGAUCUUUCAUCCAGGAUGUUCCGCCGUGCCCUUUCCCUGCCCACCCGCAGCCUCACUGCCGUCCCUCGCCGCGCCUUCGCCUCGGCUGCCCCCGAGAUUGGCCAGGCCCCCGCCAGCUCCGGCAUGAGCUCCCCCAACCGCUGGAUCAUCGGCGCCACCAUCGUCUCGGCCGUCGCGCUGGCCUGCUUCUCCAUGAAGAGCAAGACCGACGAUCGCUCGUCCCUUGGCUACUCCCCCUACACCCCGCGGGCCCUGACCCUCGAGUCGCUGAUCACCGCCCAGGCCGCCGCCGAGGAUCGCGACCCGACUGCCGAGCUCAAGGCCCUGCACAGCAUCUUUGCCCCGUACCAGCCGCUGGAUGACAUCAUCGCCGCCAAGGCCGCCGCCGCCUCCAAGGCCGCCCUCCCGGCCGGCCCCGUGUCCGAGGCCAUGAAGAUCUUCGCCGGUGACCUGUCCAACCUGGCCAUCUCCAUCGACCAGCUGGCCACCGUCCCGGCCGCCCUGGCCACCGCCCUGGUGCACAUCUUCGCCGGGCCGACCGCCAACCGCCUGGCCAAGCCCGAGUAUUCGGCCGAGUCGCUGCUGGCCGCCAAGGAGAUCACCGCCCUCUUUGCCAACUCCCCGGACCGCGCCGCCCUGCUGAAGCAGAUUGCCGCCGAUGCCGAGGUCCCUGCCCUGUCCGGCAACAAGGCUGCCGCUUCGGCGGCCCCGGUCAUCCCGGUGGCCCUCGGCACCGCUGGCGAGUCCGUCUGGCUGAUGGCCGGCGGCCGGGUCUUCCUGAAGAACCUCUACCAGUUCCUGAACAGCGGGUACUACUCGGUCCGCCCGGAGGAUGGUGCCGACCCGAAGGUCGUGCGCGAGGCCAUCCUGGCCAAGUCCAAGGGCGAGCCGGUUCCCGCCGCCGGGGAUGGUCGCGUCUUUGUCGCCUGGUCUGGCUUCCCCUUCGAGAACACUUCCGAGGUCCUGGCCCUGACUGGUCUGCUGUCCGGCAACUUUGUCCUCGGUGUGUCCAAGGACGCCGCCGAGCACCUGCUCUCGCAUGCCGUCUUCCCGGCCGACUCGAAGCUCUCCCUGGCUGAGAAGCUGGCCCAGAUGUAUGGCGACUAUGUGGUCAUCGUGGCCGACUCCAAGGUCCCGACCGUGGUCAUGCCCGAGAUCGAGAUCAAGAAGCCCGAGCCCAAGCCCGCCGCCGCCGCCACCGCCGCCGCUCCUGUCCCUGCCGAGAAGAAGGCCGACGACCUUGAUGACCUGCACAUCGUCAUCACCGAGGCUGAGGAUGAGACCGCCAACAAGCCGGCCGCCGGCAUUGACACCGAGGAGGUCCUCUUCGUCGUCGAUGACCCGUCCACCAACACCCACGAGGCCGCUGUUCUGACCAUCCCGGCUGAGCGCAAGUAAGCACGCACGUGUGCUGGCUUUCCCUCGUCCUCCUCCCCCUCUCUCUGUCCUGCCUCGGCGGGGGGGAGGGUAAAGACCGGGCGGGGAUGUCGCGCCCCGUCCACUCGUCCUCAUGCGGUGUGGGCCAUACGUCACCCCCCUCCCCUGCCGCCCCUUCCCUCUCCGUGCUUUCCUCUCCCCCCCCCCCCUUCUCCCACUUC